CACUAAAUGAAACAUUGACCGCUUGUCGUUUUUCUGCACCGCGGCUUUUCCCCAACUGUCGCGUGUUGAUGACGUCAAUGUAAUGGCCGCUGUCGCUGUGUGGUGUAGGGCUUAUUAUUUUCUGAAACACAGCGGAUAAAAUAACCAGAAAAUAUUAUUGUACUGCGUAAAAGCGAUUUAAUAGAAUCGGGGCAGUUCGUUACGCAGCAAACCUGUCUUCAACGAGGUCCAGGUUGACAAGUGGAACAAUCUUUGAUGGAUACCCCUGAAAGCCCGACCCAGUCCCCUCAGUCACCUGAGGAGCAGGAGAAAGGCUGUUCAGACAGCGAGCUGCUGGAUUCUCCCGACGAGGAGGGCAGGGUUAUCUCAGACAACGAGUUAGUCGACGACGAGGACAAUGGAGAGCUGGAGGAGGAGGAAGAGGAAGACAUCCAGCAGUUGGCGAGUGUAGGGCGAGAUUCCGAGUUGGAGGAUGAAGACGAGGUGGUCCCAGAAUUUGUCUCAGACCCAGAUGACGACGAUGAGCCCAUCGGCGAGGGGGGGACAGGCAGCGGGAUGAUGGGGCCCGACGACGAGACCAUCCUGCUGAUGGACGGAGACGACGACCCUCCGCGGAAGAGCCAUUCGGCUGACGAUGACGAUGAAGAGGAGGAGGGAGAGGAGGACAAUGAAGCAGAAGAGGAAGAAGUCAUUGAUACGCCACAGUCUCCAGAUGCCGAGCCAGACCACGGCAAUAGAUAUUCGGCCCGAGGGAGAGAGCCCCUAGAAGAUGGCGAGGAGGAAGACGAGGAGGACGACGAGGAGGACAACGAGGAAGAGGAGAAGAAGAAGGAAAGCCAUCAGUCUCCUGGCCAUGAGCCGAAGGAUUCUGCAGCAGGGCACAAACCUGUAACAGUAGUUACAGAGGAGGUGGAGGAGGGGGAGGAGGAGGAGGAAGAAGGAGAAGAACAACAACAACAAUAUUGCAACAGGGUGGAGGAGGAAGAGGAAGAAGACGAAUAUAAGAACAGGGCAGCAGAGGAGGCCAAGAGGAGGACCGAAGAGGAUGAGGAAAAUGCUCGGAGGAGGAGGAGGGCGGCAGUGGCACGGGAGAUGAAGGAGGACACGGCGUCGGCCUCCCGGGAGCUGGAUGAGCAUGAGCUGGACUACGACGAGGAGGUCCCAGAGGAGCCAAGCGCCCCCCCGGCCGCCGAGGAUGAGGACGAGGAAGAGGAAGGCAAGGUGGAGCAGGGAGACGGGGAGCACGCGGAGGACAAACUCCGAAGCAUGAGGAAAAGGGAGAAGAAGCCCAUCCUCCCCCCUUCACCCAGGGACGGCCCGUCCAGGAAGGCGGGGGACCAUAAGGGCCCGGAGAGGGGUCGCAGAGACUCUUUCAAGAAGAAAGACGAGGAUGACGGGGAGAUGGACGAAGGAGAGAUAGACGAUGAUGACCUUGAAGAAGGCGAGGUCAAAGACCCCAUGGACCGAAAGAUCAGACCACGUCCUAUCUGCAGGUUCUUUGUCAAAGGUAAUUGUACUUGGGGCAUGAACUGUCGGUUCAUCCACCCGGGAGUCAACGACAAAGGCAACUACUCCCUCAUCACCAAGCCCGACCUGUUCUCCCCCAACGGGGCGCCCCCAGGGGCACCCCAUCCCCUCCUGCCAAACAACCCAUGGGGCGCCCCUCCGGUGGAGGAGCUCCCGCCGCCCCCGCCGCCCGUGGAGCCUCCUGUGGAGAGUGCCUGGGAGCGGGGCCUGAGGCAUGCCAAAGAGGUUCUAAAGAAAGCCACUAUACGCAAGGAGCAGGAGCCUGACUUUGAGGAGAAGCGCUUCAACGUCACCAUUGGAGAGGACGAAAGGGAGUUUGACAAGGAGAACGACUUCUUUAGAGAGCGCAACUACCGCAUUAUCAGAGAUGAAAUGGACUUCAGGGAACCCAUCUACCCCGGGGAGCCGUAUGCCGACCCAUACUAUGACUAUGAGAUGGAGGCCCUGUGGCGAGGGGGGCAGUACGAGAACUUCAGAGUGCAGUACACAGAAGCCCCUCCUCUACCAUACCACUACACUGAGCGCGAGAGGGAGCGAGACCCCCGGGACCGCAACCGGGACCGGGACCACGAGCGGGACCACCGCGAGCGGGAGCGCCGGCAGCGGGAGCGCGAGAGGGAGCGCGAGAAGGAGCGCCUGCGCCGCAAGGAGGAGUGGGACCGGGACCGCCUGAAGCGGGAGGAGAAGGACCGCCCCCCCCGGGUGCGCCCCCCGCGGGAGCCCCGGGAGAAGAAGGAGGAGGACAUCAAGAUGAAGGUCCGCCCCGAGCCCCACUCGCCCGUCCCCCCGCCGCCCACCAACAGGCCGCUAGAGCCGCUGCCCAAGAAGGACACCAUGACGCCCACGAUGAGGCGACCAGACGAGUGGAAAGAUCCCUGGCGCCGGUCCAAGUCGCCGCGGAGACGGCAGCCCAUGGGCUCGCCGCCGCGGGGCCGCCGCCGCCACCGCCCCUCGGGCUCCUCUGUGACCAUGUCCCACUCGUCCAGGUCGUCGUCUCGGUCCUCAUCUUUCACAGGCAGUGGGUCGUCGCACUCCCGCUCGCGCUCCUCCUCCUUCAGCUCCUACUCCAGCCACUCCUCCCACCACAGCUCCAUCAGCGGCAGCCGAUCCAGAUCAAGAUCGUUCUCCACCUCGCCCUCUCCGAGUCAGGCUGCACCCAGAAACCUUAAGAACAAGACAGACCUGCCCCUGGUGCUGCCAAAGGGGGCGCCGCUGAAGCCUGGCCCCGGAGCCCCCCCGCGGAGGGAAAAGCCUCCCAUGAAGAAAGCCCUGAGCCCCCCCAUUCCCGCCGGCACCCAGCAGGGCAAGCCUCAGCGUCCCACACCCGAGGGGGGGCGACCGCCUGCCCACAGCCGGGAGGGAGGAGGAGGAGGAGGAGGAGGAGGAGGAGGAGGCGGCGGAAGGCCCCCAGCCCCGAGAGAGCCUGGGAAGCCGCCGGGCCCCAGGGAGGGAAGACGCAAAGAACGGCAACAGCACCCGCCGCGCAGGCGCACUGCCAGUGGCAGCAUGAGUGCGAGCAGUUACACCGGUUCCAGCUCCAGAUCCUCGUCCAACUCGCUGUCACGCUCUGGCUCGCGGAAAUCCAGGAAAUCAAGGUCUCUGAGCGUGAGCAGCGUGUCGUCCGUCUCCUCGGCCACGUCGGGCACCAGCAGCUCGGUGCGCAGCGCCGACUCCGAAGACAUGUACGCCGACCUGGCCAGCCCCGUGUCCUCGGCCAGCUCCCGCUCCCCCACGCCCGGCCAGCCCGGGGGUGGGCACCCGGCGCCCCCCGGGGGAGGGCACCCCGCCCACCCCGGGGGGCCCCUGGGUCACCCCCUGGGACACCAGGGAGGACACCCCGGGGGACACCAGGGAGGACACCCCGGGGGACACCAGGGAGGACACCCUGGGGGACACCCUGGGGGACACCCUGGGGGACACCAGGGCGGACACCAGGGGGGACACCAGGGCGGACACCAGGGGGGACACCAGGGCGGACACCAGGGCGGACACCCGGGGGGACACCCGGGCGGACACCAGGGGGGACACCCGGGCGGACACCAGGGGGGACACCCGGGCGGACACCCGGGUGGACACCCUGGGGGACACCCGGGCGGACACCCUGGGGGACACCCCCGCAGAGAGAGGCCUGGACCGCCCCGUGAGAGGCCGCCACACCCGCGAGACAGGGGCAGGGGGAGACCGCUGAAGAAGGACGAGCCCUUCCGUGAGGACCGCAGGAAGAUGGACCCCUCCGGGAUGCCCCCACGAGGAGGCAACUUCAUGCCCAGGAUGGGACCCGGGAACAGGGGCGGCCACCAUAUGCACCACAUGCCCGGUAACAUGGGCCCCCCAGGGAACUACGGAGGAUCAGGAUCCCAUAAAGACAUCAAGCUCACCCUCCUCAAUAAGCAGCAGGGUGACCGCGGCAACAGGAAGAGGUACAUGCCGUCUGACAAAGAGCGCCCAGGCUCCCCUCUGAGCAAGAGGAUGGCCAUGUCUCCUGGCAGAGGCCGUGACCGGAGGAUGCCAGGACGACCAAUGUUCCCGCCGAGAAUGGAUCGGCCCAGAGGCCCAGGUCCCCGGCCCAUGCCACCUCAAGGAGACAGGAAGCGUCCGCUGUCCCCGCCAACCAAGUCCUCCGGAAAGGGCCCGUCGACUCCAUCGGGCAAACAGGCUGCCCCAGGCCCGGGACCUUCUUCUGGCUCUGGACCGGGCUCUGGCUCUGGCUCUGGCUCGGGCUCGGGUAAACCCAGCAAUACGCUAUCACGUCGGGAGGAGCUGUUGAAGCAGCUGAAGGCCGUCGAGGAUGCCAUCGCCCGCAAGAGGGCAAAGAUCCCGGCAAAGUAGCCCACCCUGAGCCCAGCUCAGCAACAAAGAUGCCUGCCGGUUCGCCUACCUGCCGUUACGGACUAGUGGCCAAGGCGACAUUGUGGGCCAUGGGAUUGGGGGAUUCUCCCCCGGAAAUCCCACACAUUUCCUCCUGACCACACUCUGCCCCUUAAUGCCCUUUGAUGUGGAGCAUUUCACUGGAUUUGUGUAAAAUAAACAACAAAUAUUCUCGUCCCACAACAUAUGUAUGCCGCUGUUUGAAUGGCCAGCAAACAAUACCGUGGCCAGCAUAAAUACUUGAUUGUAGACAGACAUACAUGGGAUUUUGUUCCGUCAAUUUGCAUACAGCCAACUUGCUCUGCCAUUUAACGUUGUUAAAUGUCCAUGUUCGUUUACUUGCUGUUGUGAAAGGGAUGCCGGUCAGGACUUCAUGGAUUGUCCUAUAUCUUGAUUUUACAGAACCGAAACAAAAUGGUGGAUAAGUUCUGUCUACUUGUUGGUCAGUUGAGUAAAAAAAUCAAAAGAAUUACAGGAAUUAAGGACCUUUCUGAUGUUUGUGUGUUUUGACAUAAAAGGUGAAUUUAUAGAUACUGAAUCUCGUUAUCGCUUGUCUCUCCCCCUUUCUACGCUCGGCACAAUUUUUACUGGGUAGUCUUAUAUUAUUUGAAUUCUCUUUACCAUACUGCCACCCCUUAUCAAAGCCCCUUUUUAAAUCUGUGUAUGAGGUGAAUCGACAAAUUCAGUUUAGAGUUUAACUGUCAGACUUGAUAUGGUUACACAAAAGGUUUCUUAAUUGUCCUUUGUUUAUUUUGUACAUACAUCCAAGUAGGUUUCCUAUUUGGAGCCCCAUCUAACCAAUCAAAUUGUGUUAAUGGCUGACACCUUUUGCCACUGACUUGCCUCUUCAACUCCACUGGCCCUGUGGGGCAAUUCGAUCCAAACCUUUAUACAAUACUAUCGCGUUACCUGAACCCCAAGUAGGUCAUUAUUACUGGGAAAAAAAUGGUGACGUGAAAUAUUGCUUCAUUCGGCUUUUUCUUAUCUUUGUUUAAUUUUUUGUUAUUCUUCUAGGCUCUUUUCAAGUGAUACAGAAUUUAUUUGUCCCAUUUUUAGUUGGCACACAAUAUUAGAGUUGUAACGGCGAUAUGAGUUGAUGGAUACCCGCAUCUUUCUUGUGCGACAAAAAGGGUUCUAAAUAAACUAUUUUGAUAAAGAGAAUGCAUUGUUUGCUUUGUUAUAACUUUUUCUGUAGAAUAAGCUUCACGGUCAAUUCUGUGUUUUACUGACUGGUCUAUGCUAAAGCUGACAAGUAAUCUUAAUUCCUUAAUAGAAAAUCUGUUGUGGAGCAAGUGAAUACCAUUUUAUGUUUGAAUUCAACCCAUUUGAUCCCAGUUGCACUUAUAAUGAAAGGUUAUAUUUACACUUUUAUUUCCACUCAAAUCAUAGCAAUUUUCAAUCUAUAAAAGCAAUGGAUGGAAUAUAAGCUUGGCACACACCUGUAAUAUGCCACUGAGCCAUUUUUUAACAUUUAAAAAUGACACACACACACACAUACAGAUUAAAAAGUUUGGUAAUUCGAUAAAUCAAUAGGUAUUUUUUCCAAAAAUGCCUUAACAAAAUAAAGUAUAACAUGGUCCAUUUUGUUUUGACAAUUUGCUG